AUGACCGUGGAAGGACUCCACCCGCCGACGAAGGGAUGCCCCGUGUGCCCAUUCCGGGGGCGGGUGGACCUGGCAUGGUCGGCUGCCGGUCGUGGCGUGCCCAUGGGUGCGGGUGGUGCCGCUCCAGGUUUGUCAGGUCCUGUUCGAGGAGUGGGUGGACCUGCCCCCUCCAUGAUGGCGCCGGGCGUAUGCGGUGAGUGCCCCGCCUCAGAUGCGGGCCCACCCCCAGCGGGUCGUGGCGGUCCUCCUGGCGGUUUCGGCCGUGGUGGUGGUCCCCCGUCGGCUUUGGCCGUGGAUUUUCGUAUAAUCCUCACCGAUGAUCUCCAACCUGUGUAG